CCGCUGUAUGCCACGUACGGUUUGACGUUGACAAGCAAGUAGACUUCCUGAUGUGAAGCUUGGGAUCUGUCAGUGCCAGCCAUCCCGGUUAACAGCUUUCGGUUGACACGGUCCUCCUGUCAAAAACACCGAAUAAACGGGAUUAAGUCGUCUUGUUCAGCGGUGGGAGAAGCAGAGGGCUGGGCACCAUGAACGGACAGUUGGACCUCAGCGGGAAGCUGAUCAUCAAAGCCCAGCUGGGCGAUGACAUCAGACGCAUCCCUAUCCACAACGAGGACAUCACGUACGACGAGCUGGUUCUGAUGAUGCAGCGCGUGUUCCGCGGCAAGCUUCAGAGCAGCGACGAGGUCGCCAUCAAGUACAAGGACGAGGACGAUGACCUCAUCACUAUUUUCGACAGCUCGGACCUGUCUUUCGCCAUCCAGUGCAGUAGAAUACUCAAACUCACCUUGUUUGUUAACGGCCAGCCUCGUCCCCUGGAGUCCAGCCAGGUCAAGUAUCUGAGGAGGGAGCUGAUUGAGCUGAGGAACAAAGUCAAUAGUCUGCUGGACAGCCUGGAGCCCUCGUCAGAGCACAGCCUGGUGGCCAGCGCCCCCCCCAGCGAUGGAGCGGAGGGGCGGGAGGGGAAGGCCCUGGCGACCGACCCGGCCGUGAAGCAGGCCACGCCCGUCAGCGCUGCCAGCAUGUCUGCCUUCGACCCCCUGAAGAACCAGGACGAGGUCAGCAAGAGCGUCAUCUCCUCCUUCGGCCUGAGCGAGGACCAGCUCCCAGUGCCCCCUGGUGUUGCUGCUGAAGAGCGCUCAGGGACUCCAGACAGUAUCGCCUCGUCCUCGUCUGCGGCCCACCAGCCAGGCCUGGCCCCCCAGGCCCAGGCCCCGUACCCUGGGGUGCAGCAGCCGCAAGGACCCCCCGCCACCAUGGAUGGUCAGGUGUACCAGCAGUACCAGGCUCCAGGUGGUUACCCCCCCCAGCAGCCAACUGCCCCCCAGCAGCAGUACAGCAUGCAGCAGUACCCUGCAGGGUACAGCCCCCAGCCCGGAGCCCCCCAGCCCGGCCAGCCCCAGCAGCAGUUCCAGAACUACCCAGCCCCCGCCGCCCAGGCCCCCGCCCCGGGCCAGGCCCCCGCCCCCAGCUUCCAGGGGGCCCAGCAGCAGCCCCAAGCCCCCCAGGGAGCCCAGCAGUACCCCCCUGGGGCCUUCCCUCCCCAAAACUACACCUCCCAAGCUACCCAGCCGGCUAACUACACCCUGCCCCCCAGCUCCCAGCCCGGCCCGGCGUACCAGCCCCGCCCCGGGUACACCCCGCCCCCCGGCACCAACGCCACCCCACCCCCAGGGGCGUCCAACCCGUACGCCCGCAACCGCCCCCCCUACGGCCAGGGCUACACCCAGCCUGGCCCCGGGUACCGGUAAAGAGGGGAGGAGAAGUGUCCGUGACCGACCCUUACACACACACACACACACA